UGUGUCUAUGGUAAAGGAGUGGGGAAAAGCUAUCGGUGCUUAACAUGUAUUUUCAAUGUAUUGCUAUCCCUAUGUUGUAUUGAUAACUCCCACCACAACUGCAGUGCAAACUCAAUGCAGUCAACAGAGAUAGCGAUGUAUGCAAUGUAUGCCAUAAGUGUUGGCAACCGAUGCCCAACACUGGUAGUACUGUCAGUCUGUACGCCACCGAUGAUCACAUAUGAGAGCAAUUAGUAGUGACUGCUCUCGUAUAUCCCGUUCCCUCAGUGCCUGUGCUCACAGCCAGUGUUCAAACAUUGAGUGCACUGUAAAACCAACACUAAAUCCAGUGAUUCACUGAAACAGUACUGACAUUGGAUUUCAUACAAUAAUAACAACACUUAAUGUAAUUAUUUGUUAUUAUAUUUUGAUUUUUAUUUAUAAUCACUUGAUAUCAAAACCAACGAUUCAAACGAUAGGAACCAUUGAAAGGACAGUGAGAUAGUGAUCGUUGUGGCAAAAAUGGCAACACUUUCACUAAAGAUCAGUGUUGUUGACAAAAAUGUUGUGAAGACAAUGCAAUUCGAGCCAUCGCUUAUGAUAUACGAUGCCUGCCGUCUAAUCAAAGAAAAAAUCAGUGAAGCAAACAUCGGUCAACCUAAAGAUUACGGUUUAUUUUUGACGGAUGAAGACCCGAAAAAGGGUGUUUGGUUAGAACCGGGACGAUCUCUGGAGUACUAUCUGCUUAGAAAUGGCGAUUUACUUGAGUAUAGAAGAAAAAUGAGAACUCUUAGGGUGCGAAUGCUUGACGGAUCAGUCAAAACGGUUUUAGUCGAUGACAGCCAACCCGUCUCUAAUCUAAUGGUCGUUAUUUGUACAAAAAUUGGUAUUACAAAUCAUGACGAGUAUUCACUCGUAAGAGAUUUUCCAGAAGAGUUUAGAGAUGGAACUCUUUCUUCUACGGGAACAUUAACUCUGAACAGGAAAAAGGAUAAGACGAGUACUUUAGGCAGAGAUAAAACAAUUGACUCUAAAAUGGAACAGUUGAAGAAAAAACUUAAAACUGAUGACGACCUCAAUUGGGUCGACCAUUCAAAGACACUUAGAGAACAGGGUAUAGAUGAAGAAGAGACACUUCUAUUGAGAAGAAAGUUUUUCUUUUCGGAUCAAAAUAUAGACUCAAGAGAUCCGGUACAAUUGAAUUUAUUAUAUGUUCAGUCCAGGGAUGCCAUUAUAGCGGGUACACAUCCCGUCACUCUUGAUGAGGGCUGUCAGUUUGCUGGCAUUCAAUGUCAAAUACAAUUCGGUGAUUUCGUUGAAAGCAAACACAGAACAGGAUUUCUUGACCUCAAAGAGUUUUUGCCGAGAGAUUACGCGCGAAGAGAUAAAGCAAUUGAAAAGAAAGUAUUGGGUCAACACAGACAACAUAUCGGAGAGUCUGAAUUAGAGGCCAAAGUCAAGUAUGUAGGACUGGCCCGUUCUCUCAGCACUUAUGGCGUCACUUUCUUUUUGGUUAAAGAAAAAAUGAAAGGCAAAAACAAAUUAGUUCCUCGACUUUUAGGUGUUACUAAAGAUAGUGUUCUUCGUUUGGAUGAAAAAACUAAAGAAAUAAUAAAGACGUGGCCAUUGACUACAGUCAAACGUUGGGCCGCUUCUCCUAAUAGUUUUACAUUAGAUUUUGGCGAUUAUUCCGAUUCAUAUUAUUCAGUUCAGACGACAGAAGGCGAACAAAUAUCUCAAUUAAUUGCCGGAUAUAUUGAUAUUAUUUUAAGACGAAAGAAAGCAAAAGAUCACUUUGGCAUUGAAGGAGAUGAAGGCUCGACUAUGGUUGAGGACAGUGUGUCGCCAUCAAAGGCAACCAUUCUUCAGCACCAACCCGGACAGAAACCGUCCAAACCAAUCAUCGAGGAUUUGGCUAUACCUGGCAUUAUAAGACCCGGAACUAAUGGACCUCAAACUAUAAAUAUCAAAGAAAUGCCUGAACAGCAGUUAACAGCAAUUCAAAGUCAAGCGCCGGUACAACAAUCGCCACUUAUGGCUGCACAGCAUCCUAAGUAUCUUCAAACUGGUUUAUCAGAACCACAACGAGCUUUACAUUCAACAAUAGGUGUGGGUCAGGACGCGGUUCAAAAAGCACUUAAAGAAUUAGAGACAAAGGCUAAGAUACCAGAAUAUGGUCCAGACUUUGGAUGGAAACAAAGCCAAUUGGAUGUCAAGAAAGAGACUGUUUCAUCACAAAUGGCUGCUUUGAACGCAGCAACGGCUCAAGUCAUUACAUUGACAUCAGUUUCUGAGGAUGAAGUGGAUCAUCCAGCACUGGGAGCUGCCAUUCAUACAAUUAGUACUAACUUACCUGAAUUGUCUCGCGAUGUAAAGGUUAUUGCAGCGCUUAUGGAUGACGACGAUAAAGGGGAAAAACUUAUCGAUGCGGCCAGAAAUCUGUGUUCAGCCUUUUCUGAACUGCUUAAAGCUGCCGAACCCACUACUAAAGCUCCGCGACAGAGCCUUUUGAAUGCCGCCUCCAAAGUUGGAGAAGCGACCACUAAUUUGUUGUAUACUAUUGGAGAAGAGGAUGAAUAUGAUAGAGAAGCUGCAGAUAUGCUUUUAAGUUUAUCAAAACCAGUGGCUAAUGCAGCAGCAAAUUUGGUGUUAAAAGCCAAAGAUGUGGCCUCACGUUGUGAAGAUCAGACGGCGCAAAACAGAGUUAUCAGUUCCGCCACUCAGUGCGCUUUAGCCACUUCUCAAUUAGUCGCCUGCGCUAAAGUGGUUGCGCCCACUAUUAAUAAUCCCAAUUGUCAACAACAGAUUAUUGAAGCGUCUAAAGAAGUGGCCAAAUCUGUUGAUAACAUUGUUAAGGUAUGCCAAGACUCAUGUUCUGAUCCACGACUUAUCGGAGACUUGAAACAUGCGGCGGCAGAUGUAACACAAGCGCUUAACAAUCUAUUAAAUCACGUGAGAAGUUUGAGCGAUACGAGAGGCCGUCGUCCCACUGAACACGACGGUGCUGUCGAUACCAUACUUGACGCAACUGACAGGUUAUUUAGCAGUACAGGAGAUGCAACAGAAAUGGUAAGACAGGCAAAAAUCUUGGCGCAGGCGACCGCACAGCUUAUACAUAACAUCAAAGGUCAGGCCGAGACUCAGCCAGAUUCAGACCUUCAAAAACGCUUACUAUCGGCGGCCAAAGUAUUGGCUGACGCGACCUCAAGACUAGUCGAAGCGGCCAAAGGCUGUGCCACAAAUCCGCACGACUCUGACUCUCAGGCGGCACUCAAAAGAGCUGCUGAAGACCUAAGAACUGCUACAAAUACUGCCGCUAGUAAUGCACUUAAACGUAAAGUUAUUACCCGAUUGGAGUCGAGUGCAAAACACGCUACAGCUAUGGCCACACAGAAUAUUGCAGCGGCACAGGGAUGUGGUCCUUAUAAUAGCAAUGACGUCACACAAGACGAGUUGCUACAGAUUUGCAGAGAUGUCAACGAUAUUAUAUCUAAAGUGGUUCAGGGAGUUAGGGGUACACAAGCAGAACCCGACAACUCAAGCAAACAGUUAGCUCUUAUCAAUGCAUGCGAUCAGUUUAUAGCACCGGCACAACGCCUCGUUAUGACUUCCAAAAGUUCUAUCCCAACCAUAACAGACCAAUCAUCUGCCAUUCAAUUGGGACAGACAUCACAACAAUUAGCAGAAGCGCUGACAGAAUUGCGAUUAAAUUUAGUGAAAGCACAGGACGCGUGCAGUUCUUCACUUGAAAUGGAUGCCGCCAUUGACUCUAUUAGAGAAUUAGACAGAGAAUUAGCUGAAUGUCGAAAGGCGGCCAUUAAUUAUCAUUUGAAACCACUUCCCGGAGAAUCUUUUGAAUAUUGUUGUUCACAAUUAAACACUACAUGUAAAUCUGUGGGCUCAUCGAUGGCACAGCUUUUGACUGCUGCUUCUCAGGGCAACGAAAACUUCACGGGACACGCGGCCAGAGACGUGUCAAAUGCCUUAAAAAACUUGACGACUGCUGUCAGAGGAGUAGCCGCCACUUCUACUGAACGAGAUGUUCAAAUGCGUGUCAUUGAUAAUGCAAGGGAUGUGUUGGAAAAGUCGAUACUUUUAUUUGAAGAAACAAAAUGGGCUCUUCAUAACACACACGACAGAGAACGACAACAAAGACUAACACAAGUGGCUAAAAGUGUAUCCAAUUCACUGAAUAAUUGUGUCAAUUGUCUUCCGGGACAUAAAGAUGUUGACGAAGCCAUCAGAAACAUAACGGACUCAACACAACUCAUUAACAAAGAACUUCCCGUCACUCACAAGUCAUACAAUGAAUUGCAAAUUAAUUUGUCAAACGCUGCCUCAAAACUUAGUGAAUCAGUUUCCGAUGUCAUUGACGGUUCAAGAAGUCCGAGUAUGUUAGCUAACUGUUCCAAACAAUUUAAUGACGAUUUUAGUCAGUUAUUUGACUGUGGACUUGAAAUUGCUGGUCAAACCAAAGACUAUGACACUCGCUCUCAGAUGUUAUCCAAUCUUAAGACACUAUCGAUGUGUUCGAGCAAACUAUUAGUUUCCGCCAAAUCUGUUUCUGUCGAUCCAAACGCGCCGAAUACUAGAAGUCUUUUGGCCACAUCUGGCCGAUCUGUUACUGAAAGUAUCAACAAUUUGGUUAAUAUUUUCAGUUCUUCAGCUCCGGGACAGAAGGAAUGUGAUUCUGCUAUAAGAAACAUUCAGAUGAUGCGACCAUUACUUGAUAAUCCUUGUGAACCAAUAAAUGUUUUGACUUAUUUUGAAUGCUUGGAAACGGUAACAGAAAAAAGCAGACGACUGGGCGACGCAAUGACCGGUAUUGCAAAUCACGCGAAGAAGAAUGAACACCAAGAAUUUGGUCAUUCCAUUAAAGAGGCUUCAGAUUCUAUUUGUGGUCUACUGGAGGGCGCAGCACAAGCAGCCUAUCUCGUUGGUUCAUCAGAUCCAUCAAGUGUUUCGGGAAGGGCUGGUUUAGUUGAUAUCAAUGCUUUCCAUAGGGCUAAUGAAGCCAUUCAGUCUGCUUGUCAGCAGUUGUCUACCCGUACUAGUAAUCAACAACAGAUAUUAUCUGCGGCAACAGUCAUAGCUAAGCACACGUCUGCACUGUGUAAUGCAUGUCGCGUCGCAUCUUCUAAAACAACAAAUCCUGUCGCUAAAAGACAUUUUGUUCAGUCGGCUAAAGAUGUUGCCAAUGCAACGGCCAGUUUAGUCAAAGAGAUUAAAGCCUUAGAUCAGGACCCGGAUUCUCAGCGCAAUCAUUACAAUUGUUCUGAAGCCACGAAACCACUUCUUGAAGCCGUUGAAAACUUGACUAUAUUUGCGAAUUCACCCGAAUUUGCUCCCAUUCCCGCAAAAAUUAGUGUCAAAGCUCGUUCUUCACAAGAACCCAUCACUUUGUAUGGAAAAGCAAUAAUAGACGCUUCUUGUAAUAUGAUUACUGCUGCCAAAUCACUUGCGCUUAAUCCCAAAGACCCUCCGGGAUGGCAAACAUUGGCGAAUCACAGCAAAAAUGUAAGCGAUUCUAUCAAAAAACUGGUUACUUCUAUCAAAGACGCCUCUCCCGGACAACGGGAGUGCGAUGAAGCUGUUGAGAAGUUGAGCGGAUGUAUCCGUGAGUUGGAUCAGUCGUCACUCAAUAUUAUUAGUCAAAACUUGGAGUCGCGACAAGAUAAUACACUUAAAGGCUUUAGAGAGGCCACGAAUGGUGCGGCCACUGAAAUCUUCGAACACAUCGAUUCUGUUCGUAUGUCAGGUAAAGCCGAAGCUGAAAAAUUAGGUCAUUCUGUGACACAAAUGGUGUCAUAUUUUGAUCCUUUGGUUCAAAAUGCUAUCGGAUGCGCGUCUAAGACACAGAACUCCAAACAACAAAUGGUAAUCUUAGAUCAAACCAAGACUGUGACCGAAUGCGCGCUGCAAUUGAUUUAUUCAGUUAAAGAAUGCGGAGGAAACUCAAAGGCUUCGUCAGUUCACGCGGAGAUCGACGACUCAAGUGAUGCAAUGAAAGAAGCGCUACAAGACUUGUUACAUACAUUGGAAUCGGCCGCCACUGAAGCCGGACAAGUGACUGGUAUUAUAGAGUCGAUUACAAAAUCUAUAACCAAAAUAGAUGAAAGACAUUAUUCAUAUUCAUCGACAUCAGCGUUGCCAUCAGGUUCUACAUAUGUUGACUAUCAGACAAAAAUGGUUAACACUGCCAAAGAAAUUGCAAGAAUUGCUCAGGACAUGGUCGGCAAAUCAACGACACAAGUGGCGAGUUUAGGUCCAUUGGCCGCAAAUCUGUCUCAUAAUUACUCAAAUUUAGCCAAUGAUGUGAAUGGUGUGGUUGGAGCCACCAGUAAUGCUGAGGUCGCCUCUCGUAUAAAAGCCAGUGUUCAAGAACUUGGAACCGCAUGUAUUGACAUAACCAAAAGUGCCGGUCAAUGUCAAUCAAAUCCUGGAGAUACCUAUAGUCAACGAGAUCUGGCAGAUAAUGCUAAGAAUGUAUCCGAAAAGGUUUCAUAUGUUUUAGCUGCACUUCAGGCCGGUUCAAGAGGAACUCAGGCCUGUAUUAACGCUGCCUCAACAGUCAGCGGAAUUAUAGGAGAUUUAGACACAACUAUAAUGUUUGCCGCUUCGGGAACAUUAAACUCAGAAAAUGAAAACGAAACGUUUGCCGAUCAUAGAGAAGCCAUUCUUAAAACAGCAAAGGCUUUGGUGGAGGACACGAAAACAUUAGUCGCAGGCGCGGCCUCCAGUCAGGAACAGUUAGCUGUCGCCGCGCAAAAUGCAGUCACAACUAUAAUGCAAUUGUCAGAAGUGGUCAAAUUAGGUGCAGCUUCACUGGGCUCUAAUAACUCAGAAGCACAGGUCUUGUUGUUGAAUGCCGUUAAAGAUGUAGCCACAGCUCUUGGAGAACUAAUUGGAUCGACAAAGACUGCUUCCGGAAAAAGCAUUAAUGAUCCGGCGAUGAUGUACUUAAAGGAAUCAGCAAAGGUUAUGGUCACAAAUGUCACAUCACUACUAAAAACAGUAAAAACAGUUGAAGAUGAGCAUCAAAGAGGUACCCGAGCUCUUGAAGCAACUAUCGAAGCCAUAGGACAAGAAAUUCGAGCCUUUGAUUCUGGAGAAAUGCCAACUGUUAGAAAAGCUUCUCCUGAAGAUCUGGUUAGAGUUACAAAACCGGUGACAUUAGCCACUGCUAAAGCUGUAGCCGCGGGUACAAGUGGUAAACAGGACGAUGUGAUUGUAGCGGCAAAUAUGGGUCGAAAAGCUAUUUAUGAUUUAUUAAUCACAUGUAAAGCUGCCGCUAAUUCUGCAGAAACACAAGAAUUGAGAUCUCGUGUGUUAGAAUCAGGAAGAAGCUGUGCUUAUCAUUAUAGAGAACUGUUACAAAUGGUUCACCAAACUAUUAGCAGAGGAAUGUCUGGAAAUGAAACUAAAAAUCAAUUGGUUAUUAUGUCUCGAACUAUUGCUACUUCAGUCACAGAAAUUGUUAGCAGUGCUGAACUCCUAAAGGGUUCAGAUUGGGUCGAUCCCGACGAUCCAACUGUUAUCGCUGAGAAUGAAUUGUUGGGCGCAGCCUCUUCUAUAGAUGCGGCCGCUAAGAAACUGGCCAGUCUUCAGCCCCGACGAACAAGCAUUAGAUUACCACACGAAGAGAUGAAUUUCGAUGAAAUGAUAUUAGAAGCGGCAAAGUCUAUAACAGCUGCAACCGCUGCACUCGUAAGAGCUGCUUCUGCAGCACAAAGAGAACUUGUAUUGGCCGGUAAGGUUGAGGGACAACCUCUUUAUGCAUCAGAUGACGGCCAAUGGUCUGACGGUCUAAUAUCCGCUGCUAGACAUGUUGCUGCCGCUACUCAUAGUUUAGUUGAAGCGGCCAAUGCUUUAGUCCAGGGACAGGCAUCAGAGGAAAAAUUAAUAUCAGCUGCAAAACAAGUGGCCGGUUCCACAGCACAACUAUUAGUCGCUUGCAAAGUAAAAGCUGACACCGAUUCACAAGCAAUGAGACGAUUGCAAACAGCAGGAAAUGCAGUCAAAAAAGCGACCGACAAUUUGGUUCGUUCAGCACAACAGGCCAUUGAACACGACGAAGAACAAAGCAUUAUUAUCAGUAAAAGACGAGUCCCUGGAAUAGCUCAGGAAAUAGUUGCGAGAGAAGAGAUACUUAAGAAAGAGAGGGAAUUGGUUGAGGCCAGAGAAAAAUUGGCUGCAAUUCAUAGAGCAAAAUAUGGAAACAGACCUCCAGAUGAAUAUCAGGGAUACUAAAGCCUUAUCGAUAGUUAUUUGGAUUUUUGUUAAACAUUACUUAUUUCCACAAAAAAUGACUUUAAAAAUAGUUUAUAACUUAUAUAUCAUUUUAUAACAAAUUCCUACCUUUUCUAUAUAGA